AUGUUCCCCCAACAAGCUGUUCCCCCAACAAGCUGUUCCCCCAACAAGCUGUUCCCCCAACAAGCUGUUCCCCCAACAAGCUGUUCCCCCAACAAGCUGUUCCCCCAACAAGCUGUUCCCCCAACAAGCUGUUCCCCCAACAAGCUGUUCCCCCAACAAGCUGUUCCCCCAACAAGCUGUUCCCCCAAGCUGCUGCUCCUCCAACAAGCUGUUCCCCCAAGCUGCUGCUCAUCCAACAAGCUGUUCCCCCAAGCUGCUGCUCCUCCAACAAGCUGUUCCCCCAAGCUGCUGCUCCUCCAACAAGCUGUUCCCCCAAGCUGCUGCUCCUCCAACAAGCUGUUCCCCCAACAAGCUGUUCCCCCAACAUGUUCCCCCAACAAGCUGUUCCCCCAACAUGUUCCCCCAACAAGCUGUUCCCCCAACAAGCUGUUCCCCCAACAACAUGUUCCCCCAACAACAUGUUCCCCCAACAACAUGUUCCCCCAACAUGUUCCCCCAACAUGUUCCCCCAACAUGUUCCCCCAACAAGCUGUUCCCCCAACAUGUUCCCCCAACAAGCUGUUCCCCCAACAUGUUCCCCCAACAAGCUGUUCCCCCAACAUGUUCCCCCAACAUGUUCCCCCAACAUGUUCCCCCAACAUGUUCCCCCAACAAGCUGUUCCCCCAACAAGCUGUUCCCCCAACAAGCUGUUCCCCCAAGCUGUUCCCCCAACAUGUUCCCCCAACAAGCUGUUCCCCCAAGCUGUUCCCCAACAGUAA